AUGGGUCCUUCUAAAGAAGAUCCGGGAAAGGGUCCUUCUCAAGCAAAUCAGAGAGAGGGUCCUUCUUGGGCAGCGUCAGCGCAGGAGGAGGAAUCGGAUGCAGAGGAUAAUUGGGCUGAUACCAUGGAUUUAGAUGGCAGAGAAGCUAGGCAGUUGGAAAACCUGGCAAGAGACAGAGGUAUCGAUAAAGUGACUGGGAGAAAGUCAAAUACUCUCAGUCUCUGGAGGCGACUUGUAUCAGCCCUAAAGGGCAGGUAUCCCUUUAAGGGUGAUAUCGAAUGCCGCCCGAGCAAAUGGACCCCCAUGGAGAAAGAUGACCCUUCUGUUCUGGGACUGCUGAGGGUUGAAGAUCAGCAGAUGCCAAUUGCUACUGCCACAGUGCAUCGAAGACAGUAUCGCACCAACCGAGACUCCCUGAUUCCCAUCCAUAACAUGAUUCGUCAGCUAGAGAGCCAAGGAGUGAUCAGCAAGACUCGCUCACCCUUUAACAGCCCUAUAUGGCCAGUGCGAAAGUCUGAUGGAGACUGGAGACUAACAGUAGACUGUCAUGGCCUGAAUGAAGUCACACCACCACUGAGCGCUACCAUGCUAGACAUGCUACAACUUCAGUAUGAACUGGAGUCAAAGGCAGUCAAGUGCGUCUUAAUCUCGUCCUUGGGAUUAUUUUUAACGGAACCUUCCCGAUACUGGAUCGGGACAGCACCAGGGGAGACUCAAGGUCAACCCCUAGGGUUUUGGAGUCGAGGAUAUAAAGGCUCUGAGGCCAACUAUACUCCAACUGAGAAAGGAAUCUUGGCAGCGUACGAAGGAGGUAGAGCUGCUUCAGAAGUAAUUGGUCCUGAAGACCAGCUCCCUGGCGCCCCUAUAACCAGCUGGAUGUUCAAGGGUAAAGUUCCUUCAAGUCAUCACGUAACCAAUGCUACCUGGAAUGAUUUACUGAUUGGUUCUGACAAUUAUGAGGCAUGUUUGAAAGCUACCAUCAGUUUGCUUAACUUCCUGGGCCUGGCAGGAUAUCGAGUUUCUAAGAAGAAAGUUCAGAUCGGGAAGGAACAGCUGAAGAGAAGGCUGGGUAUCUUGCCGAUGCGUUCGCCGCUGCUGUUAAGCCGCUGCUUAAUCAUGGGAAAGGAGCCAAAAGAUCCUGCUCUAAUGUACGCUGUUUCAAUUGUGGUAAGAUGGGGCAUCUGCAGCGACAAUGUCGUCAAGGAGGGAUGGGACUCCUUUGGGAAACUUCAGUCAGAGCGCGAAAUAGAUACCCCGCGCGAUGACAGCAAAUCAGGGUGUCUGGACCACGUCGCCGCCGCCACAAGGGGAAGUGCCGGCGUGGACGUGGCAACAGCAAUAGAUUUUACUCUUACUGAUACCUCUGUACAUUGUAUUCCAUCUGUUCUCCAGGGUCCUUUAGGUCACAACCUCUGUGCGCUUUUACUUGGACGAUCAUCCACAUCUCGAAAAAGAAUUUUUGUAUUACCGGGAGUUAUUGACGUGGAUUAUACAG